GGCUUCCGGUCUCCCUGAUGGCCUACGUCAUUUGUAUGCGACGGUUCCGUCCACGCCAGCUGUGGGGCGGGGGUCGCUCGCUGUUCUGUGGCCGGUAUCAGUGCGGCUUUUGGAAAGUGAGCAGAAAGGAGGAACAGAAAGGAGGCUGGGACUCACCUCCGCGCCUUUGGACGAGCCGUGAGCCUCCCCGUGAGCGGGGAGGGCGACAGUCAACUGAGGUCACCCCACGCAAGGCAGGGGAGAGGUUUCGUUCGGCUGAGCCCGCGGGACCCGCCUCAGUCGCCGCCUCUCCGGGCCCCGCUCUCCCCACAGGGUCCCAUGAUGGCGGCGGCGUGGAGGGACCCGGCGCAGAUGUCUGUGACCUUCGAUGAUGUGGCUGUGACUUUCACCCAGGAGGAGUGGGGGCAGCUGGACCUGGCCCAGAGGACUCUGUACCAGGAGGUGAUGCUAGAAAACUGUGGGCUCCUGGUGUCUCUGGGGUGUCCGGUUCCCAGACCUGAGCUGAUCUGCCAGCUGGAGCACGGGCAAGAGCUGUGGACUGUGAAGAAAGACCUCUCCCAAAGCCCCUGUCCAGGUGAUAAAGGAAAACCCAAGAUCACAGAACCUACCAGUUGUGAGCCAGCCCAGUCUGAAGGAGCCUUACUCCAGCAACAACUAACACAAGGAGCCCCAGGGGACUCCCAGGUGGGCCAAACCAAGGAUCAGGAUGGGCCAUCGGAAAUGCAAGAAGGACACUUGAGACCAGGGAUAGACCCCCAGAGGAAGAAGCUCUCUGGGAAAAUGAGCCCUGAACAUGAUGGUUUAGGGACAGUGGAUGGUGUCUGUUCAUGGAUUGUACAGGAGCCAGUCCCUCUGGGAGGUGCUGUCCUUGACCAUGACUCCUGUGGAUCAGUUAGAGAUCCCGUGAUUCGGGAAGAGGAAAACAUCUUUAAAUGCAAUGAAUGUGGGAAAGUUUUUAACAAGAAACGCCUCCUUGCUCGACAUGAGAGGAUUCACUCUGGAGUGAAGCCCUAUGAAUGCACAGAGUGUGGGAAAACAUUUAGUAAGAGCACUUACCUCCUUCAACACCAUAUGGUCCACACUGGGGAGAAGCCCUAUAAGUGCAUGGAGUGUGGGAAAGCCUUCAACCGCAAGUCACACCUUACACAACACCAGCGGAUUCACAGUGGAGAGAAGCCUUAUAAGUGCAAUGAAUGUGGAAAAGCCUUCACCCACCGCUCCACUUUUGUCUUGCAUAACAGGAGCCACACAGGAGAAAAGCCCUUUGUGUGCAAGGAAUGUGGAAAAGCCUUCCGAGAUAGGCCUGGUUUCAUUCGACACUACAUCAUCCACAGUGGUGAGAAUCCCUAUGAAUGCUUUGAAUGUGGCAAGGUCUUCAAACACCGGUCAUACCUCAUGUGGCACCAGCAGACUCACACUGGGGAGAAGCCCUAUGAGUGCAGUGAAUGUGGGAAAGCCUUCUGUGAGAGCGCAGCCCUCAUUCACCACUACGUCAUCCACACUGGGGAGAAGCCCUUUGAGUGCCUGGAGUGUGGGAAGGCCUUCAACCACAGGUCAUACCUCAAGAGGCACCAGCGGAUUCACACUGGGGAGAAGCCUUAUGUAUGCAGUGAAUGUGGAAAGGCCUUUACCCACUGCUCCACUUUUAUCUUGCAUAAAAGGGCCCACACUGGAGAAAAACCUUUUGAGUGCAAAGAAUGUGGGAAAGCCUUCAGCAAUCGGGCAGACCUCAUUCGACAUUUCAGCAUCCACACUGGAGAGAAGCCGUAUGAGUGCAUGGAGUGUGGGAAGGCCUUCAACCGCAGGUCAGGCCUCACGAGACACCAACGGAUUCAUAGUGGAGAGAAGCCCUAUGAAUGCCUCGAGUGCGGGAAGACCUUCUGCUGGAGCACAAACCUGAUUCGACAUUCCAUUAUCCACACUGGAGAGAAGCCCUAUGAGUGCAGUGAGUGUGGAAAGUCCUUCAGUCGAAGCUCAUCCCUCACUCAGCAUCAGAGGGUUCAUUCUGGGAGAAACCCUGUCAGUGUAACAGAAGUGGGAAGACCCUUCCCAAAUGGGCAAUCCUCGGUCAACCUCCAAGAACUCCUAUUGGGGAAAGACUUUUUGAAUGUAACCACUGAGGAAAAUCUUUUGCCAGAGGAAACAUCUUACUCAGAAUCUGAUCAUUCAUACCAAAGAGAAACCCCUCAGUUUUCUUCUCUGUGGGAUGGCAAAUCCACUCCUGCGGUGCUCCGGGCCAACUCCAUCACUCAGGAAUCCGUGCACGGCGUGGAGGCGGCUCUGGGUCACAGAAGGCCCAAGAGAGGCGGGGGAAAAAAACUACACUACCCAGAAGGCUGUGCACCGGGUGUCUGCCGCGGGCUCUGGGCCAAUGACGGCCCAGGACAGGAGCGUUUCCUGCGGCCCAGGCCGGCGGGGGCGGGCUUCCGGCCCUCCGAUUGGUACGUCGUCUGCCUGUGCCGGGCCGGCCCUCCCCGCCUGUGGGGCCGUGGGAGAAGUGCCGGGGGCGUUCCCCAGGCCCGAGCAGGGAGGGGCGGCGAGGAAGGCGGGGUCCGCCUCUGCGUCUUUGCACGGGCCCGACACCCGGCCGCGUCCUCCGUGACGGGGGUGUCCCGUGAGCGCCCCCAGGGGCCCUGGCCUCUGUCCCCUGACGCGACGCCCUGGGUCUGGUGCGCCUUUCACGCCGGGGAAACGGAAGCUCGGAGGGCGACAGUCAGCCGAGGCCACCCCGCUCUGGCAAGUGGCGCCGGGCUGUCCCUAUCCGCAGUGCUGCAGCAGUGUCGGGUCUCUGGCGGGUGUUCAGUCGGUGCGGGAAGGAUGAAUGAAGCUUCCCUCCAAGGCCCGCGCCGCCGAGGCCUGCAGUCAGUGCAAAGCAGUGUCCGCCUCCUGGAGCUUAGCACGGAGCUCAGUCCUUGGGAGGUGUUUGGUCUCAUUGCACCUUCACCAUCGAGAGAGACGGUCUUUGUUCUCAUCCAACAGCCCUACGACCAACACUACUACCUCUCUUUGACUUUCCAGAUGUCUGUGACCUUUGAGGAUGUGGCCGUGACUUUUACCCAGGAGGAGUGGGGGCAGUUGGAGCCCACCCAGAGGACCCUGUACCAGGAGGUGAUGCUGGAGACCUGCGGGCUCCUGGUCUCUCUGGGCUGUCCUUUACCCAAACCAGAGCUGAUCUACCAGUUGGAGCACAGCCCAGAGUUAUGGACGUUGAAGAGAGGCCUCUUCCCAAGCUCCUGCACAGGUGAGAGCACAGAACCUGAGACCACAGAACCUAGUCCUUCUCACCUGGCCUUGUCUGAGGACGUCUCACCCCAGGAACACCUGACUCAGCGAGCCCCAGGGGACUCCCAGGAGGGGCAAGGCAAGGAUCAGGAUGAGCUAUUGGAAAUUCUGGAAGGCCACUCCAGACCAGAGAUAGACCUCCAGAGGGACAUGCUCCCUGGGAAAAUGAGCCCUGAACGUGAUGGUUUAGGGACAGAUGAUGGUCUAUACUCAAGGAUUGUAUGGGAGCGAGUCUCUCCAGAUGUUAUCUAUGAACGUGACUCACACGGACCAGCAAAAGAUCCCUCAAUCCACGAAGAGAAACAUCCCUAUAAGUGUGAGGAAUGCGGGAAAGUGUUUAACAAGAACUGCUUCCUUGUUCGACAUGAGCAGAUUCACACUGGAGUGAAGCCCUAUGAAUGCACAGAGUGUGGGAAAACUUUUAGCAAGAGCACACACCUUCUCCAGCACCACAUGAUCCACACUGGGGAGAGGCCCUAUGAGUGCAUGGAGUGUGGGAAGGCCUUCAACCGCAGGUCACACCUCACCAGGCACCAGCGGAUUCACACUGGAGAGAAGCCUUAUAUGUGCAGCGAAUGUGGAAAGGCCUUUACCCAUCGCUCCAAUUUAGUCUUGCAUAACAGAAGCCACACUGGUGAAAAACCCUUUGUGUGCAAAGAAUGUGGGAAAGCCUUUCGAGAUAAGACAGGUUUUCUUCGACACUACAUCAUCCACACGGGAGAAAAGCCCUUUGAGUGCUUGGAGUGUGGGAAGGCCUUCAACCGCAGGUCACACCUUACAUGGCACCAGCAGAUUCAUAGCGGAGAGAGACCAUUCGAAUGCAACGAAUGUGGGAAAGCCUUUUGUGACAGCACAGACUUGAUACAACACUACGUCAUUCACACCGGAGAGAAGCCAUAUAAGUGCCUUGAGUGUGGGAAGGCCUUCUAUCGCAGGUCACACCUCAAGCAGCACCAGAGGAGUCAUACUGGGGAGAAGCCCUAUGAGUGCACUGAAUGUGGAAAGGCCUUUACCCACUGCUCCACUUUUAUCUUGCAUAAAAGGGCCCACACUGGAGAAAAACCCUAUGAAUGCAAAGAAUGUGGGAAAGCCUUUAGCAAUCGGUCAGACCUCAUUCGACACUUCAGCAUCCACACUGAAGAGAAGCCGUAUGAGUGCAUGGAGUGUGGGAAGGCCUUCAACCGCAGGUCAUACCUCACAAGACACCAGCGGAUUCACAGUGGAGAGAAGCCCUAUGAAUGCAUAGAGUGCGGCAAGGCCUUUUGCCAGAGGGCAAACCUCAUUCGACAUGCCAUUAUCCACACUGGGGAGAAGCCUUUUGUGUGCACUGAAUGUGGAAAGGCCUUCACCUACUGCUACACUUUUAUCUUGCAUAAAAGGGCCCACAUUGGAGAAAAACCUUUUGAGUGCAAAGAAUGUGGGAAAGGCUUUAGCACUAGGAAAGACCUCAUUCGGCACAUCAGCAUCCAUGCUGGAGAGAAGCCCUUUGAGUGCAUGGAGUGUGGGAAGGCCUUCAACCGCAGGUCAGGCCUCACAAGGCAUCAGCGGAUUCAUAGUGGAGAGAAACCCUAUGAAUGCAUGGAGUGCGGGAAAUCCUUCUGCUGGAGCACAAGCCUCAUUCGUCAUUCCAUCAUCCACACUGGAGAGAAGCCCUAUGAGUGUAGUGAGUGUGGAAAGUCCUUCAGUCGAAGCUCAUCCCUCACUCAGCAUCAGAGGGUUCAUUCUGGGAGAAACCCUGUCAGUGUGGCAGAAGUGGGAAAACCCUUCCCAAAUGGGCAAUCCUCAGUCAUCCUCUAAGAACUCCUACUGGGGAAAGACUUGAAUGUAACCACUGAGGAAAAUCUUUUGCCAGAGGAAACAUCUUACUCAGAAUCUGAUCAUUCAUACCAAAGAGAAACCCCUCGGUUUUCUUCUCUGUGAGAAGCCCUGUUGCAGGAUAUCAGUUGUCAUCUGAAGAGUCAUAUUGGAAAUUGACCCAGCCUAGAGUCUUAUUCCACGUCUGAGAUUCAUCCAGGAGAGUAAUCCAGUCUUUAUUGUGCUCUUAGCAAAACCUUCAGCCACAUCUUUCUCCUUAGUUUACACUGCAGUGUUAUCUCAGGAAUAUUUAAACAAAGAAGGAGAAGACAUGGAAGAGAAAAGAGAAAGAAAUGCAAGCACAGCUUCUCUCAGACUUCUGUGACCAGCCUGUGGCAAUUUGUCAUCCCUUAGUUGAUUCAGGGAGAGGGGAGUGUUGUUCAGAGACAAGGCCUUACACCCUUCAUUUGUCUUGUAUAGACAUUCACUUCUGUCCAUUGUCAGGACAGUCAGACAGUUGAGGGCAGGUCUGGAAACAUUUUUUGAAUGCCUUUGUUCUAUAGCAUUGUCUCAACCCUUGAGUGGCAUAAGUCUUCAUGAGAAAUAUGAGAAAAUAACUUUAAUAUUUAAGGAGAUAAAGAUAUACAUAUGAAUGGGUCCAUUAUACCGCACACUUAAGACUGAUAUUUUUAAAAACAUGUUUCUUCAUGUAUCUUUAACCACCCAACAUUCAUGCUUGAUCUACUUAUUUUUUUUCUUUAUUUUUCUGUGGGGUGAGGAUGACAGUGUGGCUAGGCAACCUUCCCAGAUGAAUCCUGAUUCUCCCCUCUUAUUAUGGUUUCUGAGCUUCUUCAACCCUCUUUAGAGAGGUUUCUCCAACAGUUUUCUAGGGGUCGAAUUAGAGCCAAAACAAAACACAUAGCUAAAAUAAGUUGAAGGAUAGUGAUAAACUCAGAAAAACAAACACACAGAUCAUUUUUAAUGUUAUAAAAGAUGAUGUGAAGAUUCACUGUCAAGUAGAGCGACUAGAAUUUAAGAGGUGAGGUGGGCAUGUGUGCAGGCAAUGUGUGCUGCAUAGUUGUCACCAUGGGCAUAGUCCUGGUGUAGUGACUAAAGACUAGAACCUUUUAUCAGGGUA